UGUAUGUGUUGCAAAUCCUUCGUCCAUUUGGCCGGCUCCACUCAGAAUUUUUCCUAGCUUUGAGUCGCUAAUUGUGAAGCCACUUGGUAGUUUUUUAAGUUGUUGAAUGUUGAGUUCGUGCCACAAGUCCACUCCCAGCAAAAUAUCCGGUUGCUUGCAGGAACUUGGUGUAAUUCUUUCACGUUGUAGGUCAAUUGGAUCAAUUUCGCGCACGUUGAAGCAGGGCAAGGGAUUGACCAAAAAUCCCAAUUUAUUCAAAACAACGCUCAAUUUCUGGCCAUCGGCACAAUAUAUGUUGAGUCGCACCAAGUCGCUGUCAUAGGUUUUCGAACAUCUGUCUCCAAAACUGGUUAAAUGGCAUUUUUCUUUGGAGACGAUCGGUAGUUGCAGUUUGUUGGCCAAUUUUGCCGAUAUAAAGGAGCGUUGACUUCCAGCAUCCAAGAAAAUAAGAGCCUCUUCUUUUUGUUGUGGACGUUUAGGAUUGCACACAAUUGCUGGCAAGGUCAUCAGCACAGAUUUCGAGCCUUCUUCUUUCACAGCGUUUGCUUGCUCAGUUUGCCGAUUGUUGAUUAAAUUUUGAACGCCAGGCUUGGAAGGUUGAACAUUUUCCUGCCUUUGGGCAUAUCGAUUCUGCAUCUUUGCAAAGCAUAGAGCAGAUGGGUGCAUCCUUUUGCAGUGGAAGCACAUUGAAGGUUUUGGACAGUUGAAGCUUGUGUGUACCUUUCGCAGACAUCUGGUACACAAUUUCUUUUCCUUGGCUCUCGUCAGUCUCUCUUGUGGUGUGCUGUAUUUGACACAUCUGUCAUUGAAGUGUUGCUCGUCACAGAAUGUACAUUUCCAAGUCAUUUGAGGUUGUCUGUCCAUAUUUUGAUUUGUUGCCGAAAUUCUCUGCCUUCUUGAUGAGCUUCUUUUGAUUGGAUUCGGCUUUAUUUGUUGUCCCUGUGCUAAAGUUGCGUAAGUAAAAUCUUGCCUCUGGUUUUGAUUUGGUGCCGAUCUUCUUUGAAAUUGAUUUCCUCUUUGAGUUGGUUGAAAGCUCAUUCGAUUGGGUCUUCUUGGCACUUCUCGCUCAUAUUCAUUCAUGACCUCUUGGAUUGCCAUUUCUUUUUGAAUUGCUUCUCGUAAAGCUUCUCUGAAUUGAGUGGUUGACCAGUUGUUGCCUUCGGACCUUUUUGACAAUAUAGUCCGUAAGAAGGGCUUGUUGAGCUUCUUUUCCAAGGCGAGAUAAACUGACGGACCUUCGAUGUCCUCGCCGGAAUUUUGUAAUUCACGAGCCAGUCGUUCCAGUUCGAUGCUGAAUCUCCGAACAUCUCCCAGUGUUACACAUGCCUUGAGAUUUGUUAGCCUUGUGUGAAGGCUUCUAAUGUAGGCGUCUUUGUCUCCAUAGUUGUCUUUAAGCAUUUGUAGAGCUUCUUUGUAACUCUUUGCCUCGAGCCUGAAUCCAGCAAUUAAUUCCUUUGCUUCUCCAUCAACUAAGUUGCGCAGCAAGGUAAGUUUUUCCACGUCUGAGCCAUUUCCAGAGUCCACUGCGCAUUUGAAUGAUUCAUAGAAUUCUACCCAGUCCUUUCGAGCUCCAUUGAAGGGUUUGAUUUGUAGUGUCGGCAAUUGAUAGACCGAUGAAAUUGUAGUUGCUGCUGUUUGAGGCGUUCCACUUGAUUGAGCUGGAGUCGACUGCAUCUUCUGGGAAUGUUUAAUUUCUUCUUCCUUUAAUUCUUUGUCGCUUUUUGCCAUAGCGACCUUUGCUU